AUGGCCGUCGACGGGAAAAACGCUUCCGGCCGGCUCGCCGCCGCCGCCGUCCUCUGGCUGUUCGUCGCGAUCUUCGCUAACCAGGAUUACGUAUACUGUGACGGAGAACAACAACAACAAGAACUCGAUCAACGCUUACAACAACAACAACAACAACAGCAGCAACAACAACAACAACAAUUUCAACCACCACGACAACAACAACAACAGCAACCACCACCACCCACACAAUUUACACAACAACAACCACCACCACCGCAGCCACUACCACCGCCACAAGUGCCACGACCUCAGAAUCCGCCACAAGAUCUACAGCAGCAACGACCACCAAAUCAACAAGUAGAUCUACAGCAGCAACGACCACCAAAUCAACAAGUAGAACUACCACAACCACUCGGAAUGUUGGGUCCAAUAAUGAAUAAGGGAAAUGAUAUGCAAUCAAACAUCAAUCGAUUUAAUGGACAACCAGAUAAUCCUGAUUUCGGAUCCAUACCAAUAACGCAACUCCAACAAACACUGAGCAAUGUCGGAGCUCCAUCGGAUAUGCUGGGUGGUGGUCGAAUACCAUCGUUUUCUGGUGGUCCACCACAGGCGCCAAGCUUCGAUGAAAAUAACUUACCUCAAGGAAUAAACCCACCGUUUCCCUUAAACUCGCCAUUCGAGUCGAACCCUAACCGUAACCCUAACCCUAACCCGCAACCAGGCCAAAAUCAAUGGAGGCCACCGCCCCCGCGUGUUAACGAACCGACGAAUAACGCACAAAGCCCUAUGAAUAACCUUCAACAAAAAUACCCGGAACAAGCCUUGCAACAGAGGCCAAAUAUGAAUUCGGUUCCUUCACAUAUACAAUAUCCUGCACAGAAUCAUUACCCUGGGUCACCCCAUGGACCACAAAUGGGUCAACAGAUCCAGUCACAGGUCCCGAGACCAUAUCAGCCUCAAUUUUAUUACAAUGGCAAUGGUGACAACAUGAACGAAGUUCCGGUGUCAACCAAUCCACCUGCAGGUUAUCCAGGACAGUCGCUCACAAACAUGAACUUUGGAGACUUGAUGCGGCCCACGCAGAUGUUCACUAAUAUGAUGCCGGAAAACCCGUUGGACUUGGUGCAGAAGCCGGUCGGCAUGAUUAUCAACUCGGUCGACAAGCUGGGCAAGUACGGCGAGGGAGUAAAGGAGGGCUUGAGCAACGCGUUGAGGGAGGUGGUCACCAAAAUAUUUGACCAGGGCCAGUCGGGGGCGCGUAAAAUGUUUGACAUGGGCUUGCAAGGAACCACCGCCGCCAUCGACUUCGGCCGGAGGAUUUUGGUUCCGGACUCGAGGAAUCCGCAGGUGGGCGAUUCCGGUGGCAGGUAUAACACGCCGCAGCCGAGCAUGCCGCCGGGCUACGGGUACAACAAUAAUCAGCCACCCCCUACCCACAUGGGGUAUGGUAUGCAGCCCCACGGAGGGUCAGGGCAGUUCGGGGGUGGCAACGUUAACGGCCAAAUGCCCCCCGCACAGGGCAACGGUCCACCACAAAAUGAGUACCCGCCACAGAGGACGGGGCCGAACUAUGGCACAAAUGGCAACCCCAUCAACGGCCAUCAGCCAAUCAUCCUCUACGGCCAGGGCUAA